CUCUCUCUCUCUCUCAGUCGUGCUUUACUGCAUUCUCCCUCUCUCUCUCUCACACACUCUCUCUCUCUCCAUGCAUUCUGUCACUCUACUUGCAAUUACCUCUUUCUCAACAUGCCUUUGAGCAAAACCUGAAAUUUCCAGGCUUUUAAGCCCUGCAUUUUCUGCUCAAACUUGAAUUUUCAUCUCUCAUCUCUCUCUCUCUCUCUGCUAUUGAAAACUUCAAAUCCUGGCUUUCCCACCUUGAAUUCUCUCUCUACACUUGAAAUUUGCACUCCUUUUCAUGGGAACGAGCAGUUUACACAACACCCCUGUAAAAACCCCAAGUCAAAGUCCAUCGAACCAUGAUCCAAACCUCAUAACACAGCAGAGGAAACAUCCAUCUUCGCAUCAAGAAUCAGCAGUGAGAGCGAUGGAUCUUAGGCCUUCAAAUACAGAGUUUAAGUCUAGGUUUGAAGCGUAUAAUCGAUUACAGGCGGCGGCUGUUGCUUUUGGAGAGAAGCUCCCUAUUCCUGAGAUUGUGGCUUUAGGGGGCCAAUCUGAUGGCAAGAGCUCUCUGUUAGAAGCUCUUUUAGGAUUUAGGUUUAAUGUUCGAGAGGUUGAGAUGGGAACCAGGCGGCCUUUGAUUCUCCAGAUGGUGCAUGAUCCGACCGCCAUUGAACCUCGAUGUCGAUUCCAGGAAGAGGACUCGGAAGAAUAUGGGAGCCCCAUAGUUUCAGCUUCUGCAAUUGCAGAUGUGAUAAAGUCGAGAACAGAAGCGCAUCUGAAGAAGACAAAGACCGCAGUUUCUUCAAAACCUAUAGUCAUGAGAGCAGAAUAUGCUCAUUGCCCCAAUCUCACCAUCAUAGACACUCCUGGUUUUGUUCUCAAGGCAAAAAAGGGCGAACCAGAGAACACACCAGAUGAAAUUCUAUCCAUGGUGAAGGCUUUAGCAAGCCCGCCUCAUCGAUUGCUUUUGUUCCUCCAGCAAAGCAGUGUCGAAUGGUGUUCUUCACUUUGGUUGGAUUCUCUUCGUGCAGUGGAUCCAGCUUUUAGGCGCACAAUUGUUGUUGUGUCUAAGUUUGACAAUCGGCUUAAGGAAUUUGGCGAUCGAUGGGAAGUGGACCGAUAUUUGAGUGCCAGUGGUUAUCUGGGUGACAACACAAGACCAUUUUUUGUAGCCCUUCCAAAAGACAGGGGGACAAUCACAAAUGAAGAAUUUCGCAGGCAAAUCUGCCAGGUUGACAAUGAGGUACUACGUCACCUGAGAGAAAGCAUCAAUGGAGGAUUUGAUGAAGAAAAGUAUGGAUCAUUUAUUGGAUUUGGUAGCCUUAAAACAUAUUUGGAGUCUGAACUGCAAAAGAGGUACAAAGAAGCAGCUCCUGCAACUCUCGCAUUGCUAGAGCAGCGUUGCGGUGAAGUAGCUGAUGAAUUACACCAGGUUGAUUCAAAAUUGCAAUCUACUUCAAAUGUUUCCUCUCUCCGAAGAGCUGCCAUGUUGCACGCAGCUUGUUUAAGCAGACAUGUGGGAGCUCUAAUUGAUGGGGCAGCUGACCCUCCACCAGAAGAAUGGGGCAAGACAACAGAUGAGGAACGAUCAGAGAGUGGUAUUGGAAGUUGGCCUAGUGUGACUGCAGACAUAAAGCCUUCCAAUUCAGUUCUUAAACUUUAUGGUGGUGCAGCAUUUGAGAGGGUAAUGCAUGAGUUUCGCUGUGCUACUUACUCUAUUGAAUGCCCCCCCGUGUCGAGAGAGAAGGUUGCAAAUAUUUUGCUUGCUCAUGCUGGUAGAGGGGGUGGUGGGGGUGUAACAGCUGCUGCGGCAGGGAUCGCACGUGCAGCAGCAAGGUCAUGGCUGGCUCCUCUACUUGACACUGCUUGUGAUCGUCUUGCUUUUGUUCUGAGAAAUCUUUUCGAUCUUGCGGCAGAGAGAAAUCGCAUCCAUGAUUUGUCAGAUGAGGGGAGAAAGAAUGGAAGCAUGGAAGGCUAUAUAGGAUUUCAUGCUGCAUUAAGGCAUUCAUAUAACCACUUCAUACAGGAUUUAGCAAAGCAAUGCAAGCAACUUGUUCGACACCACCUAGACUCGGUUACAAGCCCAUACUCUCAAGUGUGCCUUGAAAACGACUUGAUGUACAGAUAUAACCAGCCUUCUUCAACUUCUUUCUUUCUUGAACUAUCAGAAGGGGUAUCUACAGUAGAAGAAGACGCCAUGGAUGAGGAUCAAGAGAAUGUCCCUCCAAAGUCAAUGGAACAAAGGACACCAGGCAAAGGAAUAGAAGCAAGAGAAGCAUUGAAAGAGAGCCAAAUAACCAUUCCUGAGACCCCAUCUCCUGAUCAACCAGUUGAUGGGGCAAGAAAGAAGGAAAAUGGGAGGAUGGCAGUGGAUAUGGGGGCUAGAAAGAGACAGACUCGAAACCAUAGAAACCAGAGUUUUGGUUUUCAGUACAGUGGGGAUGUGAACUUGAGAUCAGGAUCAGCUUACUCUGAAGUGUGUUCUUCGGCUGCUCAGCAUUUUGCUAGGAUUCGGGAAGUCCUCAUUGAGCGAAGUGUGCCUUCAGCUUUGAAUUCCGGGUUUCUCACACCUUGUCGAGAUAGGCUGGUCGUGGCACUUGGCUUGGAUUUAUUUGCAGUGACCGAUGACAAAUUCAUGGACAUGUUUGUGGCGCCCGGUGCCGUCGACAUGCUUCAUAACGAGAGACAGUCUCUUCAUAGGCGACAGAAGAUAUUGCAAUCUUGCUUGAAUGAAUUCAAGAACGUCGCCCGGUCACUCUAAAGGGUAAGAGAGGGAAAACUAAAACACUGCAAGUGAUGUGUUUCAUAGUGCAUGUUGGUGUUGUAUCACAUCUUGUGAUUUUAUGUUGGCUCUUGUUUCGCCUUGAAACAUUAGUAAGAAGUGUUGAGAACGUGGUGUUCCUAUAUUUUCUUCCGUGUAUGAUUUCCCAAGUGGAUUAGUUUUGCAAAUCAUGGUUCUCUUGUUUUCUUGCGUCUUCGGUUUUUAUUAUCAUUAGAAUAGCAAUGAAGGGGUGUAUAUUAUGAGACU